AGGCGGGGCUCCGUGCUACCGGGACGCCGAAACGGCCCGCAGUCCCCACCCCCCGCCCCGCUGCAGAUCAGGGAUCCGAGCGAGGGACGUGGCGCCUGGGCACGCUCGGGCGGAUGGCGGACCCGGGCCUGGAGCCGGAAUCAGAGCCGGAAUCGGUGUUCCCGCGGGAGGUCGGGCUCUUCGCGGACUCUUACUCGGAGAAGAGUCGGUUCUGCUUCUGUGGGCACGUGCUGAAUAUCACGCAGAACUUCGGUUCCCGCCUUGGGGUGGCAGCGCGCGUAUGGGACGCGGCACUGAGCCUGUGCGGUUAUUUCGAGAGUCGAAACGUGGAUUUCCGAGGCAAGAAGGUGAUCGAACUGGGCGCGGGAACUGGCAUUGUGGGGAUCCUGGCUGCGCUGCAGGGAGGGAAUGUUACCAUCACUGACCUGCCUCUGGCCCUAGAACAGAUCCAGGGCAAUGUCCAGGCCAAUGUGCCAGCUGGAGGCCAGGCCCAGGUCCGCGCCUUGUCCUGGGGGAUUGACCAGCAUGUCUUCCCUGGAGACUAUGACCUGGUGCUGGGGGCUGAUAUCGUGUACUUGGAGCCUACCUUCCCACUGCUGCUGGGAACCCUUCAACACCUCUGCGGGCCCCAUGGUACCAUCUAUCUGGCCUCCAAGAUGAGACAGGAGCACGGGACAGAGAGCUUCUUUCAGCACCUCCUUCCCCAGCAUUUCCAGCUGGAGCUGGCCCAGCGGGAUGAGGAUGUGAAUGUCAACAUCUAUAGGGCCAGGCCCAGGGGACCAAGACCUACUUGAUGUUAACUCCUCUGCUCCUCUGAAUCCCUUGUCUUAAUGAAGGAGCUGCCAUAUCUCCAGAGCCAUAUCUCCAGAGCCAUAAAUGCAAGAACCAAAAAGGAUGGAUUUCCCUUCCCUCUUUUUCCUCCUUUUCUCUUUGUUCCCCCAGAUAUUCUUGGACAUCCACAGGGAGGUGCCUACUUGCUAAAAGUCCAAGACCCUAGUAGUACUAGUCUUAGAGCACAAAGGGGGCUUCCAGUUCUUGUUCUCAGAGAAGAGUGGGAAGGUGUUCACAGUUUUUAGGUGUGGGGAGGUAAAUGGGAUGUGAGAUCAGUGGCUGCUGAUAGUCACUGAUUGCUUCCAGUCCUGCUGUUGUCUGUUUACCCUGAAUGGAUUUUUUUUGCUAGAUUCUAUGGACUUUGUUAAAGGGAAAGAAAUGAGCAUUAAAGAUUCCUGCAUUUAAAGAACUCAGUUUUCUGCCUUGGGGCCUGAGAAAAAAGAAGCCUCAGACCAUCCAUUUUUUACUUCUAGAGAUGGAGUCUGGCAGGAAGGCUCCAUGGCUCUAACUGGAUCAAGUCCUCCCAGCACUGAAGCUGGGGUUAGGCACAGAGCUGUCCUUUGGACUAUAGCUCCUUCAUCCUUUGUGGAGUUGGAGCCCUAAUCACAGAACGUUACGCUGUGCAGAAGAACGUUGGACUGAGUACUAGAUUCUUCUCGUCUUUGAUUUUUCUUCAAGUUUCCAAGCCCCAUCAUUUCUUCCUUCCUAAUGUGCUUUGCCUUCACCUCUUUUCAGUUCUCACUGUGGCCCUUCCAAAAUCAGUUCUGAUUAGCUCCUGCUGCCUGCAGAAGGAAGAAUAGGCUCCUUUGCUGGGUACUCGGUCUAUCCCCAUGUAAUUCCAAUACUACCCUUCUGCUUCAUUUCCUACUCCUAUACGUGUUGGAACCUCUGGCCAGAUUACAAACGGUCUAUUCUUUUUCCCUAGAUCCACACCAAGAUUUGCUGACUUCUUCUUUUGUUCUUUAUGAUGAUCUCAUGCCUGGAAGGGCUAUUUCUAUCUGUCAAAAUCUUCAUUACUCUUCAUGGGUCCUCUCACAUGUCACCUCUUUCCUGAAAAUAGCUUUUCCUGAGCCUCCUAUUUGGAUGUGAUUUCUUUCUCCCUUGGAACCCUUAACUUGAUUUAACAAGUUAACAGGAUUUAACUUGUCUCGUGUAGUCAUUUGUUUGCUCCUUACUUUCGCACUACUAGGUUGCCUAUGAGGGCAGGGCUGUAACUUACUUAUCUCUAAUCCUGGUUGGAAACCCUGGUGGCGUGGUGGUUAAAUGCUACAGCUGCUAACCAAGAGGUCGGCAGUUUGAAUCCACCAGAUGCUCCUUGGAAACUCUGUGGGGCAGUUCUACUCUGUCCUAUAGGGUCGCUAUGAGUCAGAAUCGACUCGACGGCAGCGGGUUUGGUUUUUUUUUUUUCGCUAAUCCUCGUGGGUGGUUUGAACCCACCCAGAGGUACUUGGGAGGACAGGCCUGGCGAUCUGCUUUCAAAAGAUCACAGCCUUGAAAACCCUGUGGAGCAGUCCUACUCUGCACACAUGGGGCCGCCAUGAAUCGGAAUUGACUAGAUGGCAAAUAACAGUCCGCUGAAGCCGAGCACAGUUCCUGGCACACAGUAGGUGUGCAACAAAUAUUUUGCUUAUUCAACAAAUAUUUACUCUGUGGUUUUUUGAAGAGAUUCCACGCCUACCUCCCUAGGGAACCUUGGACAAAUUUCUGAACAUGCCUGCCUACCUCACAAGUUUGUCCUGAAUCGUAAAUGGAUAAUAAUAUUGAUAAUGGAUAAUAAUGAAGUGGAUAAUGAAUAAUAAUAACGAAGCACAUUAGAAAUAAAUGUAAAGCAUUA